AUGUCUUCUUCAAAUAAAGGAGUUUCCAACAGUGAUAGAUUUAACGAUAUCCCAGAGACUGCUAAUUUUAACCAAUUUCUUACCAUUGAUUGGCUAAAUGAGAAAAACAAAUUGGUUAGUGAUGGCAGUAGUAAAGACUAUCGUAAUAAGGAUUUGAGAAAUUUAAAAUAUCGGAGAUUUAAGGUAGCCAUAUGGAGUCGAUGUCAAACGAUCAUUACUUUGACGGCGAUAGGGGUUACUAUCGGAUGCAUCGCAGGCUUCUUACAGAUUUUUACAGAGACUCUGGUAAAUUGGAAAACUGGUCAUUGUACAAGAAAUUGGCUAUUAAACAAGUCGUUCUGUUGCAGUGGAUUUGCUAAUGAUGGGGAACAUAAAGAUACAAGGAGUCCACUGAGUAAAAGGGAAGAAUUCGAAUGUGUGAGCAAUGGGGUUUGGACACCUUGGUCCUCGACACCAAUACCAUUCUUAAUAUUUAUGGGGCUUUCAGUGACCUUUGCCCUUUUCAGUACCUUGAUGGUAAACUAUAUUGCGCCAAUGGCAACGGGAUCUGGUAUUUCUGAGAUUAAAGUCUGGGUGUCAGGUUUUAAAUAUAGAGAUGACUUUUUGAACGGUCUUACUUUAAUCGUAAAAAGUAUUGCAUUGCCAUUAGCCAUUUCUUCCGGACUGAGUGUGGGUAAAGAAGGCCCAUCUGUACACUACGCAACUUGUUGUGGUUACGUGAUUACCAAUUGGCUCAUGAAAGAUGUGCUAACUUAUUCAAAGCAAUCGGAAUAUUUGACAGCAGCAAGCGGUGCUGGUGUAGCUGUAGCCUUUGGAUCACCGAUUGGUGGCGUUUUGUUCAGUUUGGAGGAAAUAGCCUCUUCUGUGGAGUUUAGUGCAUCCACUUUAUGGAAAUCAUUUUACGUUGCCCUUUGUGCAACCAGUACUUUAGAGUACAUCAACCCUUUCAGAAGUGGUAAAAUUGUUUUAUUCAAUGUGACCUACGAUAGAGAUUGGAAAGUUCAAGAAAUCCCCGUCUUCAUCAUACUGGGUAUAUUUGGUGGACUUUACGGGAAAUACGUGAGCAAAUGGAAUAUUAACUACGUUCAUUUCCGGAAGGUUUGUUUGAGUAAUUGGCCCAUAAGAGAAGUGGUCUUCUUGGCAUUUAUCACAGCACUGAUAUGUUACACCAAUGAGUUUUUAAAACUGGAUAUGACUGAAAGUAUGGGUAUUUUGUUCCAUGAAUGUCAAAGUAACGAUAAGGCUUCUUCAUUUACGCACAGGUUGUGUCAAUUAGAUGAAAAUACCCAUGUGGUUAGCUUUUUAAGAAUUCUAUCAUCAUUAUUCAUAGCGACAUUGGUUAGAGCUUUCCUGGUGGUUAUUUCAUAUGGUGCCAAAAUUCCAGCGGGAAUCUUUGUCCCCUCCAUGGCUGUGGGUGCUACAUUCGGUAGAGCAAUUAGUCUUCUAGUAGAAAGAUUUAUCAGUGGCCCUGGCGUCAUUACUGGUGGUACAUAUGCAUUUUUGGGAGCGGCUGCUACGCUUUGCGGAAUUACACAGUUGACAUUAGCUGUUGUGGUUAUCAUGUUUGAACUAACUGGUGCCUUUAUGUACAUUAUACCUACCAUGAUUGUGGUUGCGGUUACAAGAAUGGUGAUGGCUAGUUCAGGUGUCCCAGGUGGGAUUUCAGACCAAAUGAUCAAAGUCAAUGGAUUUCCAUUAGUAGAAUCAGAAGAUGGUGAUGAAUUUAUGGAUGAUACUAUUGCAGAAGAGAUCAUGUCCCCAAAUUUGGUAACGAUUAAUGAAAAAAUGACACUGUCUAGUUUGGAGUCUUUGAUCUACAACUCGGAAACAAUUGCGGUUAAUGGGUUCCCAGUGGUUAAGGAGGAUUAUGAUAUGAGAACGGGGAAGAAGUGCAUUGGCUACGUUUUGAGAAGAGAUAUUCUGACUAAAUUACUAAUGAUAGAGAGCGAUAGCAGAGGCGCCAAUAGUACAAUUUUGGAUUUUGGUGGAUCAGACCUUUCAUUUGCCACUGAAUUAGAGGGAACCCAACAUAUGAGUUUCAGAGAUAUCGUGAUUCCUUUCCCUGUAUCGGUUAAAAUGGGUGCCCCCGCUUCUUUGUUAUUCCGUAUGUUCAAGCAAUUGGGUUGUAAAGUUAUCAUAGUAGAAAAUGAUGGUAUGCUGCGGGGUCUCAUUACAAGGAAAGACAUCGUAAGGCUUCAAAGGACGAAAAAAAGAGAGCUUUAUGGACCUCCAUACAUUUGCAACACUUUUCUCGAUGAGAAGAUCUUGUUUGUGAUGAAAUCUAUCGUAAACAAAUUCAAAAGAACAGAGAACUAG